AUGCUGAGAUACACCUGUGAUAUCUGCUCCAACGACUGGUCGGAUACUGAACCCUUGCGGUCCUUGUCAUGUGGACAUACCUUCUGCCACCCCUGCAUCCAGAGACAUCUCGAACACGAUUCUCCUCGCGCAUUUUGUCCUACCUGUCGCGCAGGUCCGAUCCUGCAAUAUCAUUUACGACCGGUCUUUGUGACUGUCAGCGCCAUCGGUACGAUGGACCCGCCAGCUAUAGGACAAGGGUCCCCCACGCAUCAGCAUGAUGUAGCUGCCAUUGAGGCUGCUCUGGUUGGUAUUAAACUGGAUAACGAGGAGAGGCUCGCCGAUCGACACGAGGCCACGCAGCUGCAAUUGGCGCGUGCGCGGGAGGAGGUGGAGGGGUUACGAGAGUCCCUGAUGGCUUCCCAAGCCGAGGUGGAGAAGUACCGCAAUCAAUGGGAGAAGGAGAUGGGAGAAUCGUCAUGGCGAGCGAUGAAGCUAGGCGGAGAGUUACUGGACGCUCACAAGGAAUUGACCCGAGUCACGCGCGAGUUGAAGCGUGCUCGUGAAGAGAUGGAUACCUUCAAAACCAAAUAUGAUGAACUAAGUGCUAAAGUUAAAGCCGCCUUCCAGAGUUUCUAG